AUGGCUUCGAAUCAGAAAGACUUGAACACAAUCACAGCAAACAUGCAGACCAGGACGCUCCAGAACCAACCAACUGCGCAGGAGGGCUCCAUGAGCCUCGGCGAGGAACUCCUCGCAGAUACCGACGAACCGCCUGACGAACAGCUGCGGACCCCUCGCCCCACUCCGCGCAAGCCGGCUCCAUUGGAUAUUAUUGCGACUGAUUUCGCAAAGAGCCGGUGUGACGCUCGCAAGCACAAGGAAUCCUUGUUGACCCAGGCCCUCCAUUCCGAGAGCGACUCGCAGUCGGAUGACGACCACCAUGUCGAGCUUAAGCGAGGCAUGUCCACUGCCUCGACGUGGAGCAAUGUCAGCACAGCGUCAACCGACCUCACCAGCGACGGAGGCUUUACGAGCCCAGGCACACGGACCAGCUCUCCAAGCCCGCCACUCCCACCCACCAUCCGAGGUCUCCCCAUCAUCUCCAUCAAGAAGGAAACCGACCUUGCUAUUACCAUCCGCCACGAUGAGAACAUCGCGGAGAGGAUUGAAAACAAAACCGUCAAGAUCUCCGACGAACCCUCGGUUGAGGCAGGACUCGGACGCCGGAGGUGCAUCACCUUUGCUUGCGGAAAGAAGGAAAACAGCGCCAAUGCUGCUCCCGCGAAGCUCCAAUCCCCACCCCAAGGAGAGGACAAGCCUGCCGAACCCACUCCUCGCCGUUGCACUAUCAAAUUCGCCUGCGACGCGAAUGUUACGACACCUGCAAAGAAGUCCCGCAUGGCAAGCCCCCCUCCGCCUACGAACAGGCUUGCUGUUCCAAGCAAGGGUGCGCCACGCUCGCACCGUGGCUCCGACUCAACUGUGCGGAACGACUCUCCUAAGAGUCUGCGCAAAAGCGCAUCUGUCAUUCGCCACUCUCGAAAGUACAGCGAGAACUCGGAUAUCGGGCGCCGCGAGGCUACGCGCUUUCACGAGUUUGCUAGCUCCGAAGAGGAGGUCGAAGAGUGGACUCAGGAGCUGACAUGUCACAAGACGCGCCUGACCGUCACUGAUACCUUGAAAAUCGAGAAUGGGCUGAGGAAACUCGGUGAAGAGGUUGAGGAGGAGGCAUUGGAAGACGAUGACGAAGAUGAGGAACUACUUGAUGAGGAUGACGAGGACCUGGACCUGGAUGACGACCUGGACGAUGACGAGGAGGAAGAGGAAGUAGAAGGAGAGGAGGAGGAGGAGGAGGAGGAGGAGGAGGAGGAACACGAUGAUAACGAAUCUGUCAUCUCUGACGGCAGCGUUUCCGACGGCGGUUUCCAGACCGACGACGAGCAAGGCUUCGCUGGUUCUGAUGACGAAAGCGACGCUGGGUCUGACUACCAAUGGUGGGCACCUAGUCGCAUAGUCGCCCCCAACUCCAGUGAGCCUGAACACAUCAGGCCAUCUGGUCACCGCAGUUUGUCUGACUCUACCUGCUCAAUUGCGUCCGGCUCUGGAAUGUUCACCAAGGCUUCUCCUGCCAAGAAAAGGAAGCCUGUCAACAUUCGUCCUCGCAGCCCCGAGCUUCCGGACAGCACGGACUUCGUCUGCGGUACCCUCGACGAGGACCGCCCUCUGGAGGAUGCUUACUACUCGGCCCUCGAGCAACGCAGGGCUGCCAAGCACAAGCAGACUCCUCAGGACAUCGAUCCCACCUUCCCCACCUCAGAUCCCGAGAUGGAUGAGGAGGACGAGGACGACGAAGUGGACGCAGCUGCCGAAGAUAGCGACCAACACAUGUUGAUGCAUGGUCAGCUUGACCAGAUCGACGACGUCGAAGGUCGCGGCCGCCGUCGGGCAGGGCCAAAGCGCUCCCCGAUCUCAUCGCCCAAGCGUCUUCGUUCUCCACCACCGCCGGUUAAGCGCGGACAGGCCCACCGCUCCCCACCUCCCCGUCGCCUUUUCGGACAAUCGCCCAAGCGUCUCCGUUCUCCGCCGCCUGCCGGUCGCGUCCGUUCCCCCCCGCCGCAUACGCGUCGUACGUCCCUAGCUGUCACAUAUAGACAGCCAAAGGUGAUUCAGUUUGCAGGCAUGGAUCAGGGGCCUCGGCCGACGCUCGUGGCAUCUCUUCCUCGCCCUCCUACCCUCUUUCACCAAAGCUCCUAUUACGAUGACGACGAGGAGGGUGAGACGGCCAACGACACGCUCAAGCGUGGGCCGAUGGACAUCAAAGCCGGAACUGCCCUCAAGCGGCAGCGCCGCAAAGAAAAACUCUACCAGAAGCACUGCCGCAAGGCGUGCAAGAAAGAAGAGCGCCGCCCUGCGCCGGGCAAGGGCGCGGAGCGCAUGCGCGAGGUCGGCAUGGGUCUUGCCGCGUACAGAGGCAAGAAGGCCACGCCCGUGCAUGUGCUUUCGUACUGA